CUGAAAAAAACUAACCUGCAGAUCACUGCAGAUGUUGAAAAAUUGAGGAAUUGUCAUAGAUGCGACACAUUAAAUUCUAAAAAAAAAAAGAAAAUUGAGAAAUACAUCUCCGUUCGUGAGAGAAAAGAAAAAACCAUUACGAUGCAAAUGCAAGGAGUUAUGGAAACGUUUCUUAAUGCCUCAAAAACCGCUGUGUCCCAAUUGUCCAUCUACCGAACAAUUCGUGUCGUCCUAGGAAAUUCGACGUGCGAUUUGGAUUCCGCUGUAUGCGCCUUGGUCCAGGGGUUGUUGGAGUAUACGGACGUCGAGAAGUGUGGACGCACCAACGUCGCUGUAAUACCAGUCAUGAAUAUCCCAGAAAAAGAGUUUCGCAUUAAGACAGAAGUAGUUUACAGUCUGAAGUUUCACAACAUCCCAUUGAGCUUGCUAACAUUCAGAGAUCAGAUUGAUUUGCAAAAUGUACAGAAUGACCCUGACAAACGGCUGGAGCUGAUUUUGGUCGAUCAUCAUACUCUCGCGAGCGAAGAUAUUGCGUUGAAACCUUCAGUCAUACGGAUUAUUGAUCAUCGGCCACUGGAUCCAGCCUGGUCUUGGCCCAAUUUACUGUUAAAUGUAGAAACUGUUGGAAGUUGUGCCACUCUUGUUGCACGCAAUGUUCUGCAGCAGAAUCCUGAUCUAUUGGAUGCGCGACUCUCAAGCCUCUUAAGAGGUCCAAUAUUGAUCGACACUUAUAAUAUGUCGGAUGAAGCUGGUCGAGCAACCACCAUUGAUGUUGAUGUAUUAAAGGCUCUUGAACAACUAGGUAGACUCACGUCCGACAGAAUUGAGACAUUUAAGAAAAUUAUGCAUGCAAAAACGGACAUCAGUGAAUUGACUCUUGAAGAACUUAUGAUCAAGGAUCUAAAAAUUACAAAUGGGAUACCUCUUGUUGGAUUUUCUUUUUUAGUAGAGAAUUUUCUUAAUCGAAAAAAUGCGAAGGAGGUUAUUGAAAAAUUUGCUGAUGAAAGAAAUUGCAAUGUUGUCGUUCUUAUUGGACAGGAUGUGAAUAGGGAAAAUGUAUCUAGAGAUAUUGCAAUUUUUUCAACAUUACGUAAUUCGUUAGCAAAUGAUAUAAUUCACAUGCUGGCUGAAUCUACUCAACCAUCUCUAAAUCUAGAAUUAAUCAAGGAAAUUCGAGAAGAGAAGUAUAGCCUUUAUUUGUACAAACAAGGGAAUGUGAAGGUAACGCGCAAACAAAUAUUACCGAUCAUACAGAAAACGGUAUUAUUGCACAGAAGUGAAAAUGUAUAAAUAUGUAGAAUAUAGAAAAUAAAAAGUAUUGCGGAGA